GCCGGCAUGAGUGUUUCUGGGUGAAACAUUCUGAGUGUGUCUGCUGGGUGCUGUGAGGGGAGCUCGGCAACGUCAGAACUCCAGACAUGGAUGUAGUGACCUAUGAUGACGUGCAUUUGAACUUCACUCGGGAAGAGUGGGCUUUGCUGGAUCCUUCUCAGAAGAGUCUUUACAAAGAUGUGAUGCUGGAGACCUAUAGGAAUCUCACAGCUAUAGGCUACAUUUGGGAAGAUCAUACUAUUGGUGAACAUUUUUCAAGUUCUAGAAGACAUGGAAGGCCUGAAAGAAGUUUUACUGGAGAGCAACCCUCUGAGAUUACUCAAUGUGCUAAAGCUUUUGCAUAUCAGAGUCAUACUCAAAGGCAUGAAAGAACUCAUAGUGAAGAAAAAUCGUAUAAAUGUAACCACUGUGGUAAAGCCUUUGCAAGAAGCAGUGGUCUCGAAUAUCAUAAAAGAAUACAUACAGGAGAGAAACCCUAUGAAUGUAACCAGUGUGGUAAAGCCUUUGCACAAAGCAGUAGUCUCGAAUAUCAUAAAAGAACACAUACAGGAGAGAAACCCUAUGAAUGUAGCCAGUGUGGUAAAGCCUUUGCUGGAAGUAGUGUUCUCCAGUGUCAUAAAAGAACACAUACAGGGGAGAAGCCCUAUGAAUGUAACCAAUGUGGUAAAGCCUUUGCUGGAAGCAGUGGUCUCGAAUAUCACAAAAGAAAACAUACUGGAGAAAAACCUUAUGAAUGUAACCAAUGUGGUAAAGCCUUUGCACAUAGCAGUGUUCUCCAUAUUCAUAAAAGAACACAUACAGGAGAGAAACCCUAUGAAUGUAACCAAUGUGGUAAAGCCUUUGCACGAAGCAGUAGUCUUCAAUAUCAUAAAAAAUCACAUACAGGAGAGAAACCCUAUGAAUGUAACCAAUGUGGUAAAGCCUUUGUAGUAAGCAGUGGUCUCGAAUAUCAUAAAAGAACACAUACAGGAGAGAAACCAUAUGAAUGUAACCUAUGUGGAAAAGCCUUUGCUUAUAGCAGUGUUCUCCGAUGUCAUCAAAGAACACAUACAGGGGAGAAGCCCUAUGAAUGUAACCAAUGUGGUAAAGCCUUUGCUGGAAGCAGUGGUCUUGAAUAUCAUAAAAGAAAACAUACUGGAGAAAAACCUUAUGAAUGUAACCAAUGUGGUAAAGCCUUUGCAGAUAGCAAUGUUCUCCAAUUUCAUAAAAGAACACAUACAGGAGAGAAACCCUAUGAAUGUGCCCAAUGUGGUAAAGCCUUUGCACGAAGCAGUACUCUGGAAUGUCAUAAAAGAAAACAUACUGGAGAGAAACCCUAUGAAUGUAACCAAUGUGGUAAAGCCUUUGCAGGAAGGAAUGGUCUCGAAUACCAUAAAAGAACACAUACAGGAGCAAAACCCUAUGAAUGUAACCUAUGUGGUAAAGCCUUUGCCUAUAGCAGUGUUCUCCAUUGUCAUAAAAGAACACAUACAGGGGAGAAGCCCUAUGAAUGUAACCAAUGUGGUAAAGCCUUUGCUGGAAGCAGUGGUCUUGAAUAUCAUAAAAGAAAACAUACUGCAGAAAAACCCUAUGAAUAUAAGCAAUGUGGUAAAGCCUUUGCAGAUGGCAGUGUUCUCCAAUUUCAUAAAAGAACAAAAACAGGGGAGAACCCCUAUGAAUGUAACCAAUGUGGUAAAGCCUUUGCUGGAAAGAGUGGUCUCAAAUAUCAUAAAAGAAAGCAUACUGGAGAAAAACCCUAUGAAUGUAACCAGUGUGGUAAAGCCUUUGCACAUAGUAGUGUUCUCCAGUUUCAUAAAAGAACACAUACAGGGGAGAAGCCCUAUGAAUGUAAGCAAUGUGGUAAAGCCUUUGCUGGAAGCAGUGGUCUCAAAUAUCAUAAAAGAAAACAUGCUGGAGAAAAACCCUAUGAAUGUAAGCAAUGUGGUAAAGCCUUUGCUGGAAGCAGUGGUCUAAAAUAUCAUAAAAGGACACAUGCAGGAGAGAAACCUUAUGAAUGUAACCAAUGUGGUAAAGAAUUUGGAGGAAGGCAUGACCUACAAAGACAUAAACAAACACAACGUGUACUGGAGAGAAAUCCUCUGAAUGUAACUAAUGUGGUAAAGCCUUUGCACAAAAGAAUCACCUAGUACAUCAAAGGAUACACACUGA